AUGGUGCCUCAGCCCCCAGCACAUAUGGUGCCUCAACCCCGGGCUCGCAUGGUGUCUCAAUCCCUGGCUCGCAUAGUGCCUCGAUCCCUAGCACCCAUGGUUCCUCGACCCCUGGCUCGCAUAGUGUCUUGGCCUCUGGCACGCAUAGUGUUUCGACCCCCGACACGUAUGGUGCCUCUACCCCUGUCAAGCAUAGUGCCUCGGCCCUCGAUUAGCAUGAUGCCUCUACUACCGACUCGCAUGGUGCCUCGACCACCGACUAGCACACAUGGUGCCUCUUCCCAGCUCCCAUGCAUGGUGCCUAGGCCCCCGACUCCCAUGCAUGGUGCAUCGGUCCCCGACUGGCAUGCAUGGUGCCUCGACCCCCUACUUCCAUGCAUGGUGUCUCGACCCCCGACUUCCAUGCAUGGUGCCUCGACCCCUACUGGCAUGCGUGGUGCCUUGGUCCCCGACUCGCAUGGUGCCCCCAAGCUAGCAAAGACACGUGUCGUUGUCUGUCCAUAA